AUGGAGACGAGCAUGCUAGGGUUGGCUUCUUUCCCUUGUCACACAACACCCAACCGUUCUCUCCCAAAGCUUCGGAUAUUAUCUAUGCGACAGCCAUAUCCCCUUGCAAGCAAAAUCAUUGUUAAAAAUUUACCUUAUUUUACUCAUGAGAAUACUUUGCAAAAGGAAUUUUCUAAUUUUGGCAAGAUAGCCGAAGUUAAUAUGGUAAAAGAUGCGAUCACGGAAAGAUCAAAGGGAUUUGCUUUUAUUCAAUUCACAAGUCAAGACGAUGCCAUGCUUGCACUAGAAAACAUGGAUCAAAAGAAUUUUCACGGCCGGCCGAUAUCUGUAGAACUUGUAAAACUUGAUCCUUAUGAUUUUUGUGGACCCCCACCAAGGGCCUCAGGGCCACCAAAGAAAUGUAAUUUACCGGAACCAAGGGCCUCAGGACCACCAAAGAAGUGUAAUGUACCGGAAGGAAGUGAAAUUUACCUGAAGAGCAUGUAG